UAAUAGAUUGAAAUUUUUCAACAUGUGUUAUAUGAUCAUAACUGGAGGUAGCCUUGUAUGGUUUCUCCUUAGUCUUGUAGCUGAUAUGUUUGUGGUGACGGCUAUAGUAACACCUAAAUGGCUAAUUGGACCCACAGCUCAUCCUAUUACACUAACAACAAAGUACACAGCGAAUAUCGAUAAUCAGACAUUGGCGACAACAGCAGCGACCACAUACAGAUAUCCUUCAGUUGGUAUAUAUACUCGAUGUAAAGCCAUUAACGAAGCUAAACACUUGCAUUUCCAUUGUGGGGCAUUCGAUUUGGAUGGCUUUGCCACAGACAGUGAGAUAUAUCCUUCGACAUGGAAGGCAGCAAUGUUUUUCAUUUCAUUGGGCUUUGUGUUGUUGACGUUAACGGUUUUAUGUACGCUUGUAUCUUGUUGUAGGCAAUCUAUAUUUGGAAAAAGUCUUCAUAAUAUGACAGCAUGCGCGCAAGUUACCGCAGGCAUAAGCGUUAUGUUAAGUUUAUUCUUACAUCCCAUGGGUUGGUCCGCUUCUAGGGUCCAACUACUCUGUGGUCCAGAUGCUGAACCAUUUUAUGCCGCUGGCUGUUCACUAGGUAUCUCAUUUUACAGUGCUAUUGCUGGUGUUAUUUUAUGUUUUAUAUGUGCUGGCAUUAGUCUCAAAGCUGAAUCUUCCAAUAUGCGUACUCGAGUUAAACGACGUGUAGAAGGCGGAGAUCGUUUAGUUUGUAUUCCAUAG